AUGGGGAAGGAGCAGGAGCUGGUGCAGGCGGUGAAGGCGGAGGACGUGGGGACCGCGCAGAGGCUGCUGCAGAGGCCGCGGCCGGGGAAGGCCAAGCUCCUAGGCUCUACCAAGAAGAUCAAUGUCAACUUCCAGGACCCAGAUGGCUUCUCAGCCCUGCACCAUGCUGCCCUGAAUGGCAACACGGAAUUGAUCUCUCUACUGCUGGAGGCUCAGGCUGCUGUAGACAUCAAGGACAACAAAGGCAUGCGGCCAUUGCACUACGCAGCCUGGCAGGGCCGGAAGGAGCCCAUGAAGCUGGUGCUGAAGGCAGGCUCAGCAGUAAAUGUCCCAUCCGACGAGGGCCACAUACCCCUGCAUUUGGCAGCCCAGCAUGGUCACUACGAUGUGUCAGAGAUGCUGUUACAGCAUCAGUCCAACCCUUGCAUGGUAGACAACUCCGGAAAGACACCUCUGGACCUGGCCUGUGAGUUCGGUCGAGUAGGGGUAGUCCAGCUGCUACUAAGUAGCAACAUGUGUGCAGCCUUGCUGGAGCCCAGACCAGGGGAUACCACGGACCCCAACGGCACCAGCCCCCUGCACCUGGCAGCCAAGAAUGGCCACAUCGACAUUAUCAGACUCCUCCUUCAGGCCGGCAUCGACAUUAACCGGCAGACCAAGUCUGGCACUGCCCUUCAUGAGGCUGCACUCUGUGGGAAGACAGAAGUGGUUAGGCUGCUGUUGGACAGUGGGAUCAAUGCCCACGUGAGGAACACCUACAGCCAGACAGCUCUGGACAUUGUGCACCAAUUUACUACAUCCCAGGCCAGCAAGGAGAUCAAGCAACUUCUCCGAGAGGCCUCAGCAGCUCUACAGGUGCGGGCGACCAAGGAUUACUGUAACAAUUAUGACCUGACCAGUCUCAAUGUGAAGGCUGGGGACAUUAUCACGGUACUUGAACAGCAUCCAGAUGGCCGGUGGAAAGGAUGUAUCCAUGAUAACCGGACAGGCAAUGACAGGGUGGGCUACUUCCCAUCCUCGCUGGGCGAGGCUAUCGUUAAACGAGCAAGUUCCCGAACAGGCAGCGAGCCAAGCCCACCCCAGGGAGGUGGCUCCUUGGGGCCCUCUGCACCUGCGGAGGAGAUCUGGGUGCUGAGGAAGCCUUUUGCAGGUGGCGAUCGCAGUGGCAGCUUGAGCAAUGUGGCUGGAGGCCGAAGUGGUGGGGGUCAUGCCCUGCAUGCAGGCUCCGAAGGAGUUAAGCUCCUGGCAACAGUGCUUUCUCAAAAGUCAGUCUCUGAUUCCAGUCCAGGAGAUAGCCCCAUCAAACCUCCAGAGGGCUCUACAGGUGCUGUACGGUCCCAGCCUCCAGCAGCCCAUGCUGGGCAGGUAUAUGGGGAUCAGCCACCCAAGAAGCUGGAAUCUGCCUCGGCCUCAGAGGGCAAGAGUGCUGAGGCGGUCAGUCAGUGGCUCGCCACAUUCCAGCUACAGCUCUAUGCCCCUAACUUCACCAGUGCUGGCUAUGACCUGCCCACCAUCAGCCGUAUGACCCCCGAGGACCUCACAGCCAUUGGUGUUACCAAGCCAGGCCAUCGUAAGAAGAUCACAGCAGAGAUCAGCGGCCUGAACAUUCCUGACUGGCUGCCUGAACACAAACCCGCUAACUUGGCUGUGUGGCUGUCCAUGAUCGGUCUGGCCCAGUAUUACAAGGUGCUGGUGGACAACGGCUAUGAGAACAUUGAUUUCAUCACCGAUAUCACUUGGGAGGAUCUGCAGGAGAUUGGCAUCACCAAGCUGGGACACCAAAAGAAGCUGAUGCUGGCCGUGAGGAAACUGGCAGAACUGCAAAAGGCGGAAUACUCCAAGUAUGAGGGGGGACCCCUGCGCCGAAAGGCACCCCCCCAAUCACUUGAAAUGAUGACUAUUGAGUCGCCACCGCCCUCUGAGCCUACAGCUGCAGAUUGCCAAUCUCCUAAGAUGACCACCUUCCAGGACAGUGAACUCAGUGGUGAGCUGCAGGCUGCCCUGUCUGGCCCUCCUGAAGCAGGCGCAGCUGCUGCUGAGAAGUCCUCCAACCACCUGCCCCCCACUCCAAGGGCUACCCUACGACAGGAGUCCAGCCUGGGUGGCCGGGCUCGGCACAUGAGCAGCUCACAGGAGCUCCUGGGUGACGGACCCCAAGGGCCUGGCAGCCCUAUGUCACGAAGUCAGGAAUACCUGCUGGAUGAGGGGCCGGCCCCUGGCACCCCACCCAAGGAGGUGCGGUCUGGCCGCCAUGGCCACAGUGUCAAGAGGGCCAGUGUGCCCCCGGUGCCUGGCAAGCCACGGCAGGUCCUUCCAUCAGGUGCCAGCCACUUCACACCCCCACAGACGCCCACCAAAGCUCAGCCGGGUUCUCCUCAGGCACUUGGGGGACCUCAUGGUCCAGCCACAGCCAAGGUGAAGCCCACCCCACAGCUGCUGCCGCCCACAGACCGACCCAUGUCGCCCCGUUCUCUGCCUCAGUCACCCACACACCGUGGCUUUGCCUAUGUGCUGCCUCAGCCAGUUGAGGGUGAGGCAGGGCCAGCUGCUCCAGGACCCACACUCCCAUCAGUACCGGCAGCUGUGCCCACACUGUGUCUGCCCCCAGAAGCUGAUGUGGAGCCUGGGCGGCCCAAGAAACGUGCUCACAGCCUAAACCGCUAUGCAGCCUCUGACAGCGAGCCGGAGCGGGAUGAGCUGCUGGUGCCUGGUGCUGCUGGACCCUAUGCCACAGUCCAGCGGCGUGUGGGUCGGAGCCAUUCAGUGAGGGCUCCCGCUGGCGCUGACAAGAAUGUUAAUCGCAGUCAGUCCUUUGCUGUGCGGCCACGCAAGAAGGGGCCCCCACCACCUCCGCCGAAGCGCUCCAGCUCAGCUAUGGCCAGUGCCAACCUCGCGGAUGAGCCGGCUCCAGAUGCUGAGACGGAGGAUGGCCGGCUGGGAGUGCGGGCACAGCGCCGGCGGGCUAGUGAUCUGACUGGCAGCGUGGACACAGGCAGUGCUGGCAGUGUGAAGAGCAUUGCAGCCAUGUUGGAGCUGUCUUCCAUUGGGGGUGGAGGGCGGGCUAUCCGCAGGCCCCCUGAAGGCCACCCCACACCUCGUCCUGCCAGUCCAGAACCGGGUCGGGUAGCUACGGUGUUGGCCUCUGUGAAACAUAAAGAGGCCAUUGGGCCUGACGGCGAAGUGGUAAACCGGCGCCGUACACUCAGCGGCCCGGUCACAGGACUUUUGGCCACUGCUCGCCGGGGACCUGGGGAACCAACAGAGCAGAGUCAUUUUCUGGAGGAUGGUACAGCUCGACAACGGCCUCGCGGUCCAGCCAAGGGGGAGGCAAGUGUGGAGGGCCCUCCCCUUGCCCGGGUAGAGGCCAGUGCCACCCUCAAGAGGCGCAUCCGGGCCAAGCAGAGCCAGCAAGAGAAUGUCAAGUUCAUCCUGACAGAGUCUGAUACAGUCAAGCGCAGGCCUAAGGCUAAAGAGCGUGACACUGGCCCUGAACUGCCCCCACCACUGUCUGUGUAUCAGAAUGGCACAGCCACGGUUCGCCGACGGCCAGCCUCUGAGCAGGCUGGGCCCCCAGAGCUGCCCCCUCCUCCUCCACCUGCUGAGCCCCCACCUGCUGACCUAAUGCAGCUGCCCCCACUGCCCCUGCCUGAUGGCAAUGCCCGGAAGCCAGUGAAGCCACCUGUCUCUCCCAAGCCCAUCCUGGCUCAGCCUGUGACCAAGAUACAGGGCUCACCUACACCUGCCUCCAAGAAGGUGCCACUGCCAGGCCCUGGCAGCCCAGAGGUAAAGCGCGCUCACGGCACGCCACCACCUGUGUCACCCAAGCCUCCGCCGCCACCCACAGCACCCAAACCAGCCAAGGCUGUGGCGGGACUACAGUCCAGCAGCGCCACCACCUCGCCUGUGCCCUCGCCGGCACGCCAGCCGCCAGCAGCCCUAGUCAAGCCGGCUAGCUCGCCGCCCUCGCAGAGCGCCAGCCCUGCCAAGCCCCCUUCCCCAGGCGCACCAGCGCUGCACGUACCCGCCAAGCCCCCUCGCGCUGCCGCUUCAGUGGCCUCCGGAUCAUCAGCAGCUCCAGACUGUGCUUCACCCGGGGACAGUGCUCGGCAGAAGCUAGAGGAGACUAGUGCGUGUUUGGCUGCUGCAUUGCAGGCAGUGGAGGAGAAGAUUCGGCAGGAAGAUGGACAAGGCCCUCGCCCCUCCUCCAUCGAGGAGAAGAGCACUGGCAGCAUCCUGGAAGACAUCGGCAGCAUGUUCGACGACCUGGCCGACCAGCUGGAUGCCAUGCUGGAGUGAGGCAGCCACAGACACGGGCCCACUGUGCUCCCUGUUCAGGCCCGCACUUUGACCUUUACCUCAGGACGGGCACC